AUGUCUGACGAGGAAGAGCAGUACUCGGGCGAGGAGGAGGCCGAGGCAGAGCAGGAAGAGGAGCCUGAGGCUCCUGAAGAGGAGGCAGCAGAAGAAGAGAGCAAGGCCGAGGAGCCCGAUGAAGAAACACCACCAGACGAAGCAGAAGCUGAAGCAGAGAAGCCAAAAGCUCCAAGACCUCAGCAGCAGCAGGAAGAAAAGCCACCAGCGGAGAUGACUGAGGCCGAGGCAGCAAUGAUGGCGGCCAAGAAGCGUCACGAAGAGGAGGAAGCGGCCAAACUUCUGGAUUACGAACAACGGCGCGUUCUUGAGAAGGAGCGUAUCGAGAAUGAACUACGCGAGCUCAAAGAGAAGCAGGAAAAGCGACGAGCUGAACGAGAAGCUGAAGAGAAAGAAUUUGCCGAAAGGCGCCGACAGGACGAGGAACGACGUCGUAAAGAAGAGGAAGAGCGCAAGGCUAGAAGUGAUGCCGAGAAAGCUCGCAAAAACGAGGAGAAGUCACGUCGUCAGCAGAUGAUGGCCGGCUCGUUCGCAGGUCAUGCGACGGGCGGUGAAGGACGCAAUUUCAAGAUCAAUUCCAAAGGCGAGCAGGCGGCGCAGUUCGGCAAUCUGGCACAAGAAGAACAUCACGACAAGAAAUCGGGAGUAAAACAAGAUGGACAAACGAAAGAACAGCAAGAAGAAGCCAAGGCAGCGUUCUUGGCAGCCGUUUGCCGUUCAGUGGAUAUCUCGUCGCUGCUUCCGAACGAUCUGAAGGAGCGAAUCAAAACGUUGCAUAACCGAAUCUGUAAAUUGGAGGCCGAUAAGUAUGAUCUGGAGAAGCGCCAUGAGCGUCAGGAAUAUGACAUGAAAGAGCUGCACGAACGUCAACGCCAAGUUGCCAGGAACAAGGCGCUCAAAAAGGGACUCGAUCCUGAGGAAGCCGCUUCAUCUCAACAUCCUCCAAAAAUCACUACCGCUUCCAAGUUUGAUCGUCAGAUUGACAGAAGGUCUUAUGGAGAUCGACGAGAGCUGUUUGAGCAUCCAGUCAUCAAGAAGCCACCCACCAUUGCCCACGGAACCGCACGACCUCCACCAGAGUGGGGCAGAAAAGAGAAUGAGGAGCUCGAACAGCUUAGGAAGAACCUCGAGCCUCCAAAGUACGUUGAACAAGUGAAAGCCGAAGGAGACGCAGCUCGCCCACCAGUCCAAGCGAUUCCUUUGCAGUUACCCGACAAGGACUUCGAAGAUGAACCAGAGCGUCCAGCUCCAGAGAAAGCUGCGGAUGGCGAAGCCCCUGCUGCAGAAGUCGCAGCCUGA